AUGAAUAAUUUAAAUCUUGAAUCAGCAUUAUCUACUAAGAUUGAUUAUGAAGAAAUUAAUUUAAUUCAUCCACCAAUUGGUUCAGGUACAUUUGGUAUUGUUUAUCGUGCUGAAUGGAGAGGAGUAGAUGUUGCAGUUAAAUUAAUGAAAACUGAUUUAGUAGACAUCAAAGAUUUAUUACCUAAUUUCAUGCAAGAAGCUGGGAUGAUGGAAAGAAUUCGAUGUCAAUAUGUAGUGAAUUAUAUUGGAAGUGUUGUAACUCCAGACACGUUAUGUCUUGUAACCGAAUUUUGUCCGUUAGGAUCAUUAAGAAAAUUCAUGAAAACAAACACAAUGAAUGAUUUAUUAAAGAUUAGAUUUUGUCAAGAUAUUUCUCGUGGAAUGGAAUAUUUACACCAAAACGAUAUUGUUCAUCGUGAUUUAAAAACUGAUAAUGUUUUGGUUGUUUCAAAUAAUCCAUUUGAUCCAGUAACAGCUAAAGUAACAGAUUUUGGUACUUCUCGUUCAUUUAUUGAAUCAUCUCAAAAGUUAGGAAUUCAACAUAUUGGUACACCUGCAAAAGAAAGAAGUGAAUAUGCAAAACAACAUCACAUGUUUUGUGUUGAUAUUGGAUAUCCAGUACGAUAUUGUAAUAAAUGUCAAAAAAUUAAAAAAGAAAGAAUGUAUCAUUGUAAAAAAUGUAAACGAUGUAUUGAUAUGAAAGAUCAUCAUUGUAGUUGGUCAUUUCAAUAUUUUUUGGAAUAA